GAUAAGAGAUGGAGGGGCGUGUGUCCAACCUCAUGGUCUGCAACCUAGCCUACGGCGGGAAGAUCGAGGAGCUGAAGGAGAGCAUCAUGGCCGACAAAUCCGUGGCUAUUAGAACUGACCAGGACAGCAGAACUGCAUUGCAUUGGGCGUGCUCAGCUGGACAUCUAGAAAUUGUUGAGUUCUUGCUACAGAUUGGAGUGCCAGUGAAUGAUAAAGAUGAUGCGGGUUGGUCUCCUCUUCAUAUUGCUUCUUCUGCUGGCCGGGAUGAGAUUGUAAAAGCCCUCCUGGGAAAAGGUGCUCAAGUGAAUGCUGUCAAUCAAAAUGGCUGUACUCCCCUACAUUACGCAGCUUCCAAAAACAGGCAUGAGAUUGCUGUCAUGUUACUAGAAGGCGGGGCUAAUCCGGACGCUAAGGACCUUUAUGAGGCUACAGCAAUGCACCGUGCAGCAGCCAAGGGUAACCUGAAGAUGAUUCAUAUCCUUCUGUACUACAAAGCAGCUGUAAACAUCCAAGACACUGAGGGUAACACUCCUCUGCACUUAGCCUGUGACGAGGAGAGAGUGGAAGAAGCAAAACUGCUGGUGUCUCGUGGAGCAAGUAUUUACAUCCAGAAUAAAGAAGAAAAGACACCCCUGCAAGUGGCCAAACGUGGCCUGGGUUUAAUACUCGAGAGAAUGGUGGAAGGUUAAUCAGCUUCGAUUUCUUCUCACUUUGUAUGUUUUCUUGUUGCACCCAGUGUCCUGAAAACUAGUGUAGUGUAGUUGUGCACAAGACAUCACCUAUGAAUGAUGAAGUUUUCUCACUUUCAAAGUCUUCUAAACAUGUUGGCUAUUGUUCCUGCUGAGGUACUUAUUCUAAGCUUACAAAUUGCUUUCCAGGCAUUGAAUAACUAUUGAGAUUGUUCUACUGUUGUUGUUUAUUACUCUGUAUCGAAUUUUGGUUAUUUUCGAGUAAGUGAUUCUGUGGCUGUUAUGAGUCUUCAGCACCCUCCCGUGUGCCCUCUCUCCCCCUGUGAGGAAGAACAAUCCCAGUAGCAACAAGCCAGUUCUACCGGAUAGUUCUAGAUGGGUUCUAUAUGUUCCUCCCUUCAGUUGAAACAAAUCCUGACUUGUUUUUCAGGCUCACUCAGAGACCUGUGCCAAAUAUUUCUGUUUCUUCAACCAUGGCGUUUAAUUUGUUUUCAUUAUAGGAGGAAUACUUAUAUAUUUUAGUGGACCAAAUUUUAAGUUGGAGGGCAUGUUCUAAAAUAAUGAAAAACAAUAGCCUGUGUACCCAUGUAUCUUUUUGAUAAGCCAUUUCUUUCCAAAAUAAAAUUGUUUGUAAAAAGAA